UAACUGUGUUACUACUGAUCAGAGGUGUGCGUAGAGGAAAACCUUUUCUCCGCGUCUCUCCGUCUCUCUUUUUUGUGGUUUGCAGAAAACAGCGAAAGUAAGCAUGGCGGAACGAAGCAACGGGGAAGUUCUAAUGCUGGAAGCACCACCGUCUUACGGUAAACCUACCAGCUCGGACGCCGAAAUUAUCGACGCAUUACCUUACAUCGACGACGACUACGCCGACCCCAGAGUCAAACUCGAAGUUGACCGUCUUGUCGAGGAUGAGAUGCGCCGCAGCUUCAAGAAACCCACAGAUUUCCUCAAAGAUUUCCCUCCUCUUCCCAGCUCCAAUUUCGAGAACUACCCGAUGAUUGCAAGAGAGUACGAACGCGUGAGAGCUGGAAGGCCUCCCGUUGCUCUUGAUAGGUCGCGCUACGAAUUGGAAAUGCCGCCUGCGAAUAAAAGGAACGACGAAACUGCUUGGAAGCAGGCUCUUCAUAGGGCUCAACGCCUACUGCAGUACCAGAUGAUGAGGAUGGAAAAUUUGGACUUGAUGUUAAAAUACGGCCCUGAUACAUGGAAACUACACAACCAGCGAUUGGAAGUAUACUUAUCAAGAAUGCAGAAAUUAGCACAAGAACAAAAUGAAAAGAUUGAAAAAGUAAAUCGUGAAAGGAAAUAUCAUCAGCAAAACACAGCGUAUGAGCUUAAUGCAUUGUCCAUGCAAUGGAAGGAGCUCUGUCAGAAGAAUAUAGAUAUCAAUGCUGCUUGUGCUUCAGUUGUAAACAGCAUAAAUGAACUGAAAAGUGAAGCAGCAGAAAGAGGCUGGAACUUGGAAACUCUGACAGAAAAUGGUCAACUGCCGAAUUCCGAAUUAUGAGAUUCGGAUGUCCUCAUCUAGUUUUGUAUCUGCAGCCUGAUUGUUUUGGUGAUAUACAAACUUAAUUCCAUCAGCAACCUGACAUGUUGGGAUACUUGUUCUAGAGGUGAGACAAAUAUUGAUUUCGUUCACCCAUUCGUAAGGGAAGAAUGGUACUACCAAAGGUGAUACUGUAAUAAAUUCAUGAUUUGCUUUUUAGUUUAGAAAAAUUGUAAUUUUAAUUUCUUGUGUAAAUUUAUUUGUAUUUUUAUUUUGGUUCAGUUGAACACUCGAUUAACAUCA